AUGCGCCAAGCCUUCCAGCAAUCUGUGUCCAUCAGUAUGAGCAAGGAUAGCGUUCACAGCGAGCGCAGAGACAGUUCUGGAAACAUCAGAAGGGGCACCGCCAAUGCUCCAGCCAGAAAGGACUCUGCAAAUGUUCAGGAUACCAAUACAGUGAAAGUUAAGGGUCGUAAUAAAUUACCAAGUCAAGCGAGGAUGGAGGCGGCGGUUCAAAGACGAAAAGAACGAGAGAAGGAGGAAGAGGAGAAACGAAAGCAAGGAGAACUGACUGGAAGCGACAGGCGAGCAUCGGGAGCUGCAACUCCGCCUCAGAGAUCUUCAAGCAUACACACUCCAGAGCCUGACGAUAUAACUCUGGGGGCUCCGGGGGGGAAGACCACUAUCAAGCGGAAGGCUGUAAAGCUGUCAAGCACUAAGGAUGUGCUGCGCGCGUACAGUUCAGACCCUUCAGUAAAAGAUGAGGAUAGCAGUUAUGCAAUGCUAAAUCUACCAGAGCGAUCAAAGCGGCGACAGAAGAAAAGAAAAGAUAACGACGAAGAGGACAAACACAUGACGGCCGAAGAGAAACUUGCAGCAGGCCGAAACGCAGUUUCAGAGCUUAGAGAGCAGAUGGGAAACGAAUCAAGCGAUACUGAAGUACCAAGCCUUUAUGGUUCAGGCAUACCAAGGUCGAGCUCUCCAAAACCGAUGAAUGGAACUCAUUGUAGAACCAAUAGCCGAGCGACGCUUGAUACGCAUAAUGGUCAUGGACCAAGCGAGAAAAAAGAGCACGGCAGGAAUGGCUCGGUUUCUAGUGUAUCUAAUGUGGCUAAGGAAAGGAGAGACUCAAAUGUCUCGAUUAAGGCACCUACGAUACCGGCUAGCAUUCCACGACACAUGCGGGAAGACUCUGAGGCAAAACGUAGUAAAUUCAGGGAGGUCGAAGAGGGUGAGACGGGAUAUAUCCCUCCACCAGUCACGAGUGUGUCUCAUUCCAGUCCCUCGCGAGAUGGGAAAAAGGCGCGUAAACUGACGGGGCAGACAGACGAGGGGGAGAGGCCGAAAAGGCAGAAGGGCAAGAACGACAAGAACGACAAGAACGAUGCAGCGAGAUGA